GUCAGGGGCUGCCUCCUUGGAGGGUGUCCUGCUGUGGGGGCCACCUCCCUGCAGGGAGAACCACAGGCCCAGGGCACCACACGGUGACAGUGGCAGUCACUCCCGGCAGGUCCUCCUUGGUCUGCGAUACUUGCUGAUUGUGCCUCAGUUUCCCCCAUACCCGUGCGCCUCAGCAUUGAAGGGAGACCUGCUGCGGAGGAGGGACAGCGACAGCCGCAGGAGCCGCCCUGGCGUUUCCCACAGCCCUGCCCCGGAGAGAAGGCUCUAACCCCGAAGCCACAAGUGCUCUCAGGCCAGGAGGACUGUACGAGGCUGGAGUUUGGAGUUUGACCUGCUGGAGGCCCUCCCAGAAACAGACACCCAGGACCCAGGGCUGCACUGUCCUCCGCUCCCUGCUGCAGAGGGAAGGCAGCCUGGGUCUCCCUCUUAGAGCCUCUCGGCCACUUCCCCUCUGAACGCCCUGACAGCUCAGGCGGCUGUGCACGUCUGGAUUCAGGACCCAGAGGGCUGGUUCAGGACCAUGGAGAGCGGCGGCAGCCCCAGGCCUCCACCCUCCGAUCCCCUGGAGCCAUUCCCCGCCAAGAGUCUGGAGCCAGGCGACAUCGCUGUGCUGGUUUUGUACUUCCUCUUCGUCCUGGCUGUUGGACUAUGGUCCACUGUGAAGACCAAGAGAGACACAGUGAAAGGCUACUUCUUGGCUGGAGGAGACAUGGUGUGGUGGCCAAUUGGGGCAUCUCUGUUUGCCAGCAAUAUCGGAAGUGGACAUUUCAUUGGCCUGGCGGGGUCAGGCGCAUCCGUGGGCAUCUCCGUGGCUGCUUACGAGUUCAAUGGCAUAUUUUCUGUGCUGAUGUUGUCCUGGAUCUUCCUACCCAUCUACAUCGCUGGCCAGGUCACCACAAUGCCCGAGUACCUCAGGAAGCGCUUUGGUGGCAACAGGAUCUCCGUCACGCUGGCUGUGCUGUACCUGUUCAUCUACAUCUUCACCAAGAUCUCGGUGGACAUGUAUGCAGGCGCCAUCUUUAUUCAGCAGUCUUUGCACCUAGAUCUGUACCUGGCCAUAGUCGGGCUGUUGGCCAUCACGGCUCUGUACACCGUUGCAGGCGGCCUGGCUGCUGUGAUCUACACCGAUGCUCUGCAGACGGGGAUUAUGCUCCUAGGGGCGUUCACCUUGAUGGGCUACAGUUUUGCUGCGGUUGGGGGCAUGGAAGGCCUAAAGGAGAAGUACUUCUUGGCCCUGGCUAGCAAUCGGAGCGCCAACGGCAGCUGUGGGCUGCCCCGAGAGGAUGCCUUCCACAUCUUCCGCGAUCCGGUGACGUCGGAUCUCCCAUGGCCGGGCAUCCUGUUUGGAAUGUCCGUCCCGUCUCUGUGGUACUGGUGCACAGACCAGGUGAUCGUGCAGCGCAGUCUGGCAGCCAAGAGCCUGUCCCACGCCAAAGGAGGCUCGCUGGUGGCUGCGUACCUGAAGGUCCUGCCCCUCUUCCUGAUGGUGUUCCCGGGCAUGGCCAGCCGCGUCCUCUUUCCAGAUCAAGUGGCCUGUGCUCACCCGGAAAUCUGCCAGAAGGUCUGCAGCAACCCCUCGGGCUGCUCUGACAUCGCGUAUCCCAAACUCGUGCUAGAGCUCCUGCCCGUAGGACUCCGUGGGCUCAUGAUGGCUGUGAUGGUGGCGGCUCUCAUGUCCUCCCUCACCUCCAUCUUUAACAGUGCCAGCACCAUCUUCACCAUGGACCUCUGGAAUCACAUCCGGCCCCGGGCCUCUGAGAGGGAGCUCAUGGUGGUGGGCAGGGUGUUCGGGAUUCUGCUGGUGCUGGUCUCCAUCCUGUGGAUCCCCGUGGUGCAGGCCAGCCAGGGAGGCCAGCUCUUCAUUUACAUCCAGUCCAUCAGCUCCUACCUGCAGCCGCCUGUGGCCGUGGUCUUCGUCAUGGGCUGCUUCUGGAGGCGGGCUAAUGAAAAGGGUGCCUUCUCAGGCCUGAUCGUGGGCCUGCUGCUGGGCUUGCUCAGGCUGGUCCUGGACUUUCUCUACCCUCAGCCGCGGUGUGACCAGCCAGACGAACGGCCUGCUGUGGUGAAGUACAUCCACUACCUCUACUUCUCCAUGGUUCUGUCCGCGGCCACCCUGAUCACCGUGUGUGCUGUGAGCUGGCUCACAAAGCCACCCUCCAAGGAGACGGUCAGUCGCCUGACCUGGUUCACUCGUCACAACCCAGUGGCCCAGAAGGAGCAGGUGCCACCAGAAGCCCCCCUGCCUCCUACCGCCUCUCAGAACAGGACCCCAGAAGCCACCAGCACCAACAUCCAGUUCCAGAUUGUUCAAGAAAACACAUCCAAAACCCACAGCUGUGAUGCGACCCCAAAGCAGUCCAAAGUGUCGAAGGCCAUCCUGUGGCUCUGUGGAAUGGGGAACAAGGGCAAAGAGGAGCCCCCAGGUAAAGCGGAGCCUGUCCUCAUGUCCUCGGAGGAAAGCCCCGUGGUGAAAACCCUUCUGGACAUCAACUGUAUCAUCUGCAUUACCUGUGCCAUCUUCCUCUGGGGCUACUUUGCUUGAUGUGAGGAACCCAGGUGUCUAUGCUGUUUUCAACAUUUUUAAUGAAAGAAAAAAAAAUAAUAAAGCUUUU